CUCUCCAAAUUAUUCAAUCGUUUCGCGUUGCAACGCUUUAUAAUUUUUAGGUUUUAUAAUCGUCAAAAGAUGCAUAUAAUGGCUAUAUUAGAACAUGGUAAAUGUUCAGUAUUACUGUUUCCUCACAAAUAUCAUAACUAAAACGAAAAUUUGCGAAUCUGAAACAACUUUUUUCAAUUUUGUCAAUUUACCAAAGCGUGAAAAGAUCCCUUUAAAUGCUCGUCUUCAGAUACGACAGUCUUACUGAUAUCAUGCGAAAAAUUAGCCAUUUGGUUUAUUCAUUGUGCAAAAUAGCACAAGCGCCCGUUAAAUAAAUACUUAUUUAUACGUUUGGAUGCGCUCGGCCUAUUAUAUUGUUAUUAAACGUACGCUGUAAAGCCGGUUAGAUUUGUUAUCGAUAAACGACCAAAACAAAUUCAUAAAGCGGAGAUUGUGUAUUUGUAUUGUCUUUUCACCACUGAGUAUAACCAGUAAACAAUUGGGAAAGUGGUAUGAAACUAUCAAACAUAUUUUGGAAGUUAAGAUAUGUCAAUAACGGGAAGGUCACAGGAUCUAAGUACCAAGCCAAUAUCUUGGGAAGCACUUGAAAACCCGGUCCCGAUCGGGUCCUUUGUGUCUAGUGGUGUAUCUACGAGUGCUAAAAUACCGUCCAGGAAUAACUCUGAAUUAUCAGAAAGCAAGGAAAGAGAGGGGACAACAGAAAAGGGUUUGCCGGAACAAGAAGACGAGGAAACGAAACAAGACAAAGGAAACGAAAGCGACCAAGAGAUUGAGAACACAGAAAAUAACAUUCAAAAUGGCACACACUUUUUUAAAGAUGAACUAAAAGAGAACACAGUAGACACAUCACAAUAUAUGCUCCAAACCGAGGAAAAUAAUCACACUGAUAUAGAAGGUAGCUUAGUAAGUUUGCAUACCGACCGCGAAAACACAGAUGACACUGUCAUUACAAGUGCAAGUUUCGCGACGUACGUUUCGUCACAGCAUAAGACUGAUGAGUUUGAUUUGAUUGCAAACGAAUUUAGUCUUUAUGCUAAACAAUCUAGAGUACAGAGAAGGGAACAAAUACCAGAAAACAAUUUAGAAACUGAGUUUUCACAUCCACCGCCGCGAUAUUCCCAGUUGUCCAAACCGCUUGAAGAACAAGAAGUUCAUGAAAAAGAACAGGUUGUUGCAGAAAACACAAUGGCUAACGUUCUUGCGAACGAAUUGCCUUCAAAUGAACAUGGAAGGGCAGAAACAGUCCAAGAGACAUCUCGUACCAACGGCAGAAAACAACCUCGUUACACGCCAAAGCAGACAGUUCAUAAAACAACAACCACAAAGACAGUUCAAAUAGCAAAACCGAAAACAGACCAAACGUCAAAGUCAAAUCACCACGAACUUAUAAAUGGACAUGGGUACGAAAAUCCUCCCAUCCGCCAGUCUUUCGACACAAGCGUCAGACCGGUACCCGUGGGAGGGGAUAGGUCAGACGUUGAAAAUGUUACACGGCGAAGUGCUCACUCGGAACAACCGACGGUCAGCGUUCGGUCUCCAAACGGAUUGAGACCUUCGCCAAGGCCUAGCGACAAUGGCCUGACACAGUCACUGAUUUUGGAUCUUCUUUCGAAGGGUCUAGGAACAUUUACCAAGGACAUGGCUGAACUAUUAGUUGAGCAAUUAAAGGCUGAGCAUGAAGCACUUGCGAAUCAAGUUGGGUUACGAGUAAAGACUGAAGCUAUUGAAGAGUUAUCCACUCUGCGAAAAGAAGUACAGGAAUUGAAGGAAGAAAACGGAUCUUUAAUGGCGAGCAUUGAAGGUCUUAAAAUCGAUAAUAUAAAAGAAAGGGAGCAAAUCAAACGCGAAUUUGAAAAGGAUCGCCUCAAGCGAGUUAAUGAUGUAGAAGAGAAAAACGAACGAAUUUCCGCUCUAGAAAAGGAAAACCAAACUCUGCAAGAACAAGUAAAAGAAAAGCAAAGACAAACAAAGAUUGCUGAAAAGAAGGCAAAAGUCUUUGAAGAUAAACUAAAGAAGGCAGAAGAGGAACACAAUGAGAAGAUAAAAGAAUUACAUAAAGAGUUGAACAAAGCCAAAGGAGAACUCUUGGUAUUUCGAUCCAAAAAGAGGAUCAAGUCUUCAAGCACAGAUAACGAACGGCCUAAGACAUUUCUCAUAUCACGUGGCGGUGCAUCCGCCGGCCGACGAGGGACGAAGAUCCCGCCACUACCGCCUACGAUUCCUUAUCAAGAAGGUGACCCUUAGUAACAUUAAAUAGUGAACUUGUGAAGCGAUUUAAUAAAUUUUUACAAA